AUGCUCCUGUUCACCGUGUUUUACAAAACAUCAUUAAAAUCUCAGCAGACGGUUGUCGGCAUAUCAAAUUUGAGGUUAAUUUCAGCAAUUUAUAAUGGUCUUCUAGGAUUGAUUUAUUUGUCUUUGGGAAUUUGGAUUUUAGAAGAAAAGUUGAGGAACACUGGAGCUCUUCUACCUCUGCAUUGGUGGACCAUGUUCUUGCUUCAUGGACUGAUAUGGUUGUUGGUUGGUUUAACUGUGAGCCUUAGGGGACAGUACUUUUCAAGAGUUCCUUUGAGGCUGUUAUCCAUUCUAGCUUUCAUAUUUGCUGGAAUUACUUGUGCUGCGUCCAUUGUUACUGCUGUUAUUGAAAAGAAGCUGUCGAUUAAGAUAGUUUUAGAUGUUUUGUCUUUAGUUGGAUCUAGUUUAUUGUUGUUUUGUACUUAUAGAAGCUACAAAUAUGAAGAUAAUGAUGAAAAUGAUCUUUACGCUCCACUGCUUGGUGCAAGAAAUGGCUCCUGUAAAACUCAUUCUGUCAGUGAUGUCACUCCCUUUGCAAAAGCCGGAUUUUUCAGUAUACUGUCAUUUUGGUGGUUGAAUCCUCUGAUGAAAAGGGGAAGGGAGAAAACUCUUGAGGACGAGGAUAUACCGAAGUUGCGCGAGGAUGAUCGAGCAGAGUCGUGUUACUUGCUAUUCACUGAGAUUUUUAACAGACAAAAACAUACCGAUCCAUCAGUUGAACCCUCAAUCUUAAAGACUAUCCUUAUAUGCCACUGGAAAGAGAUCUUCGUGUCUGGUUUUUUUGCACUGCUAAAGGUAAUUACUCUUUCUGCUGGUCCACUUCUUCUUAAUGCCUUCAUCAUGGUUGCCGAAGGUAAAGAAAGUUUUAAAUACGAGGGAUAUGUAUUGGCCAUAUUGCUUUUCUUUACAAAGAGCCUCGAAUCCUUAUCUCAAAGACAGUGGUACUUUAGGAGCCGGCUAAUUGGUCUAAAGGUAAGAUCUUUUCUAACAGCAGCCGUUUACAAGAAGCAACUGAGAUUGUCUAACGCUGCUAAGCUGAUUCAUUCAAGUGGUGAAAUAAUGAACUAUGUCACUGUGGAUGCUUAUCGGAUUGGAGAGUUUCCGUUCUGGUUCCAUCAGACAUGGACAACAAGCGUCCAGCUUUGCCUUGCGCUCUUCAUUCUAUUCCGUUCUGUAGGACUUGCGACAUUUGCAUCCAUGGUAGUAAUCAUUCUCACUGUACUUUGUAAUACUCCUCUCGCAAAAUUACAGCAUAAGUUCCAAACUAAACUCAUGGUGGCACAAGAUGAAAGGUUGAAGGCUAUUUCAGAGGCUCUUGUGAACAUGAAGGUGUUGAAAUUAUAUGCAUGGGAAACUCAUUUCAAAAAUGUUAUAGAGAAUUUGCGGAAAAUUGAGGAAAAAUGGUUGUCGGCUGUUCAGUUGCGUAAAGCAUAUAAUAGCUUCCUUUUUUGGUCAUCCCCUGUACUAGUCUCUGCAGCUACUUUUGGCGCUUGCUAUUUCCUUGGUGUUCCAUUGUCUGCUAGCAAUGUUUUCACCUUUGUAGCAACAUUACGGCUUGUUCAGGACCCUGUUAGAACUAUUCCUGAUGUUAUUGGAGUGGUCAUUCAAGCAAAAGUUUCAUUUGCCAGGAUUGUGAUAUUUCUCCAGGCACCUGAGCUGGAAAGUACGAAUGUGAGAAUGAAGUCUGAUUUACCUGAUACAGAACAUAGCAUUUUCCUUAAGUCGGCAAAUCUGUCAUGGGAUGAGACUCCAUCAAAGCCAACACUUAGAAACAUUAAUUUGGAGGUUAAACCUGGUGAGAAGAUUGCAAUCUGUGGAGAAGUAGGUUCAGGCAAGUCAACCCUUCUUGCAGCAAUUCUAGGAGAGGUUCCUAUCAUCCAAGGAACUGUUCAAGUACGUGGAACCAUUGCAUAUGUCUCUCAAUCAGCAUGGAUUCAGACAGGAAGUAUUCAAGAAAAUAUUCUCUUCGGUUCAGCCUUGGACAGCCAGAAAUAUCAAGAUACUUUAGAGAGGUGUUCACUGGUAAAGGAUCUUGAAUUGCUACCCUAUGGUGAUCUCACUGAAAUAGGAGAAAGAGGAGUUAAUCUUAGUGGUGGCCAGAAACAACGAAUUCAGCUUGCUCGUGCGCUGUAUCAAGAUGCUCAAAUAUAUCUCCUGGAUGAUCCCUUCAGUGCUGUUGACGCUCAUACUGCCACAAGCCUGUUUAAUGAAUAUGUCAUGACAGCCCUUGCAGGGAAGACCGUCUUACUUGUGACUCAUCAAGUUGACUUCCUGCCUGCAUUCGAUUAUGUUUUGUUGAUGUCAGAUGGGGAAAUUUUGCAAGCAGCUCCCUAUCCUCAGUUGCUGGCCACAAGCCAAGAAUUUCACGAUCUUGUUAAUGCACACAAAGAGACAGCUGGUUCUGAGAGGCUUUCGGGGUUGGCAUCUUCAAAAAGGCAGGAAACUUCUCCUAGAGAGAUUCACAAGACUUUUUCAGACAAGAAACCUAAAGCAGCUGGAGGUGAUCAGUUGAUAAAGCAAGAAGAAAGGGAAGUUGGGGAUACGGGAUUUAAGCCCUACAUUCAUUAUUUAAACCAGAACAAAGGGUUUUUGUUUUUCUCCAUGGCCGCUCUCUCGCAUCUCACAUUUGUGAUUGGUCAAAUAUUACAGAAUUCUUGGAUGGCUGCAAAUGUUGAUGAUCCGAAUGUUAGCACUUUGAAAUUGAUCGUUGUUUACUUGUUGAUUGGAAUCACAUCAACAUUUUUUUUGCUCUUUCGAUCCCUCUGCACUGUUGUUUUGGGCAUGCAGUCGUCAAAAUCAUUAUUCUCACAAUUGCUGAAUUCUUUAUUCCGUGCACCAAUGUCAUUUUACGACUCUACACCUUUGGGAAGAAUAUUGAGCCGGGUCUCUGUUGAUUUGAGUAUUGUUGAUCUUGAUGUUCCUUUCAGCUUGAUUUUCACCUUUGGAUCAACCUCAAAUGCCUAUGCUAAUCUUGCAGUGCUAGCUGUUGUUACCUGGCAAGUUCUGUUUGUCUCUAUACCAAUGGUCAUUCUAGCUAUUCGCUUACAGAAGUACUACUUUUCUUCUGCAAAGGAGCUGAUGCGGAUAAAUGGCACCACUAAAUCUUUUGUAGCAAAUCAUCUUGCCGAAUCUGUGUCCGGAGCUGUUACAAUAAGAGCCUUUAAAGAGGAAGAGCGUUUUUUCGCGAAGAACCUUCUACUCACCGACACAAAUACCAGUCCUUUCUUCCACUAUUAUGCAGCAAAUGAAUGGUUGAUCCAACGGCUGGAAAUUCUUAGUGCAGCUGUUCUUGCCUCGUCGGCUCUCUGCAUGGUUUUACUGCCUCCUGGAACUUUCAGCUCUGGAUUUAUUGGAAUGGCUUUGUCCUAUGGUCUCUCGUUAAAUAUGUCACUAGUUUUUUCCAUUCAAAACCAGUGCCUGUUGGCAAAUUAUAUAAUCUCUGUAGAAAGGCUUAAGCAGUAUAUGCACAUACCAAGUGAGGCUCCUGAAGUGAUUGUAGAAAACCGUCCCCCAGUCAGUUGGCCAAAUAAGGGUAAAGUAGAGAUUCAAGACUUGCAGAUUAGAUAUAGGCCAGAUACGCCUCUUGUUCUACGUGGAAUUAGUUGCACAUUUGAAGGAGGACAUAAAAUUGGUAUUGUUGGCCGAACUGGCAGUGGAAAGACUACUCUCAUUGGUGCCUUGUUUCGUCUGGUCGAACCUGCUGGAGGGAAGAUUGUGGUGGAUGGAAUUGACAUUUCAACAAUUGGGCUUCACGAUUUGAGGUCUCGUUUUGGGAUUAUACCUCAAGACCCAACUCUUUUCAAUGGAACCGUGAGGUACAACUUGGAUCCUUUGGGUCAACAUACUGACCAGGAAAUAUGGGAGGUUCUUGGGAAGUGUCAGCUCCGAGAGGCUGUUCAGGAGAAAGAAGAGGGCCUCGAAUCUCACGUUGUGGAAGAUGGAUCGAAUUGGAGCAUGGGGCAGCGGCAGUUAUUUUGCUUGGGACGUGCUUUGUUGAGGAGAAGCAAGAUUUUGGUACUGGACGAAGCAACUGCAUCAAUUGACAAUGCUACGGAUUCUAUCUUGCAAAAAACUAUUAGGACAGAAUUCGCAGAUUGUACUGUGAUCACAGUUGCCCAUAGGAUACCGACUGUGAUGGAUUGCACAAUGGUUCUAGCCAUCAGUGAUGGGAAACUGGUCGAGUAUGAUGAACCUGCGAAGCUAAUGAAGAGAGAAGAUUCACUUUUUGGACGACUAGUCAAUGAAUACUGGUCUCACUGUCAUUCUGCAGAAUCCCAUUGA